UGGAAAAAUAGAGAUUUAAGGGGGAGGGGAGAGAGCAGCAGAGGCAGAGGCAGCAGCAGCAGCAGCAAGAGGAGGGUUGAAUAGUAAACAUGUCACUUCCAAAGGGGCCACCAUGUGAAAUUUUGUGAAUUCUCUCUUCUUCUAUCUACAUCUCUCUCUCUCAUUUUUUUUCUUGGGUGAGAGAGUGAGUGAGCGAGAGUCUCAUUCAUAUUCAUUCAUCCAUCCAUACUUUUUUACGUCCCAUCACCAAACGCUCCUCCUCUCUCUCUCUCUCUCUCUCUCUCUCUCUCUCCUAAAACCCUCCCCCUUUCUCACUCACCCAAGAGGAAGAAAAUAAAAAUAAAAAAAUAAAAACCCAAGAGGCGAUCGAGAACCUUUCCCGUGAAGAGGAUCCACAGUACUAACAUCCCCCUCCUCUGAAACCUCACCAUCCCCAAAUAUUCAACCCUCACAUGGAGGAAGGGAGAGAGAGAGACAGAAAUAACCCACAAUUCAAAGUCACAGCUUAGAGACCAGAAAGAGAAAAAAAAAAAAAACCCAUAUAUAUCAUAUACCCAGUUGAAAAUAUUUUAGCUUAAGUGCCAAAACAAAGAGACAAUGGAUUCAGCUUCAGGGGGAACCGGACCACCCGACCCGAAUACCAGCGGAGGAGAGGGCCCAUCAUCGGCAGCAACCGGGUCGAUAGCCGCGGCUACUGCUGGUGCCGUUGUUCCAGCAGCAGCAGCCGAGGCCUCAUCGUCUCCAGCCCCGCCGAGCCGCUACGAGUCACAGAAGCGGCGGGACUGGAACACCUUCCUGCAGUACCUCAAGAACCACAAGCCGCCGCUGACGCUGGCACGGUGCAGUGGGGCCCACGUGAUCGAGUUCCUCAAGUACCUCGACCAGUUCGGGAAGACCAAGGUCCACGCCGCCGGCUGCCCCUACUUCGGGCACCCCAACCCCCCUGCCCCGUGCGCCUGCCCGCUCAAGCAGGCCUGGGGCAGCCUCGACGCGCUCAUCGGACGACUCAGAGCCGCCUACGAGGAGAACGGUGGACGGCCCGAGUCGAAUCCGUUCGGGGCUCGGGCGGUCCGGAUUUAUUUGAGGGAGGUGAGAGAAGGUCAGGCCAAGGCUAGGGGGAUUCCGUACGAGAAAAAGAAACGGAAACGGCCGACCGUUACGGCCACCGCGGUCGUCGGGAAUGUGUCGGCGGGUCCCUCUCAAGGAGGAGGUGAUGGCGAUGUCGAUGGUGGUGAUGGCGGCGGUGGUUCAAGUACCACUGCUGCUGAUGCUGCUACUACUAGUACGGCAGUAUAGGAGGUUUUCUGCAACCAGCAGGACUGUUGACUGUGGAGGUCACAGCAAGUCACCUGUGGCGUACUGGCAAAAAUAGGGCAAAGCUGCCAAACCAUACUAAAAACAGACAGUUAGCAAAACUAGCUCUAUCUAUAGCUGAUAGCUUUCCCUAUUGAUCUCUCUGGUCCCCCGGCUUCUUUGCAUUCAUCCACCAGCUAUAUCUAUGUAUCUAUAGCUGGGCUCAAACUCAAUCUAUAGAUAUAUAUCUAUAUAUCUAUGUGUCAUCAUGCCCACGUGCGCUUCUGAUUCACUCAUAUUUUGCACUUUCAGUUUCAGGUGUUGUUUUCCCCCCCUUUAUAAAUUAUAUCCACACCUCUCUUCAAUCUAAUAAGAAUUUGUUUUUAGGAUUUA